ACCAGUUUCUAAGCAUUAUUGUUGUGACAAAGUUGUGGGAUUUCUAAGCGGUAGGAACAUGGCAAGUUCUAACAGUUAUUUGAGCUUGGCAAUUCUGGUAGUUGCUGGAUCUUUAAUAUAUAACACAAAAGAGGUCUCAGCUCAGUGUGGAGGAAGUGUGAGUGAUCUUGUAUCUCAGUGCUCACAGUUUGUACAAAAGUCAGGACCAUUUAUUAAGCCUUCACCAGGGUGCUGUGCAGUGCUGAAAAAAUUCAAUGUUCCAUGCGCAUGCAAACUCAUCACUAAAGAAAUUGCAAGCCUUGUGAGUAUUCCCAAAGCUGUCUUUGUUGCACGCUCUUGUGGCUUGAACCUUCCCGCUGGAAUGCAUUGUGGAGCUGUUGUAAUCCCGCCGAAAGCCAUGAAGUGAACAUUUUCUCUCACUGUCUUAUAAUUUAAUAAGUGUCUUCCGAUGUACUACUGGCUACAAAGUACCCUUCAUCUGCAAUAAUAAAUGAAUAAGUAAAUAACUCUUCAUAUCAAACUACAGUAUAGUAUAUAUGCUCAGAGAUGGAAGGAAGAACCAUGUUUAUAUGGAAUACAUAUAUCCAUGUAAUAAAUAAAUCAUUAAUAUGCAGAAAGUUGCAGUGUAUAUUAUUGUACGUACAACAUCAAAGUUAUGAUAACUUCCUUUUCAAGCUUGAAGUCUGGUUUAGAAAGCAUGGCGAUUUUCUAAUUCAUCUAUAUAUCUUGAAUUAUACCUGCCCUGUCUUUGUACC